CCGUGCUUCCCGCUGCCCCCCACCGCUCCCUCCCACCCCUCGACCCUCCCGCAGCCUCCCCUACCUCCUCCCCCCUCGGAAAAUGGUUCCUGCUGCCGGGCGAGAUGUGUACAUCUCAUGAUUGAUAUGAAGAAACAAGUCAUGGGCCAAAGGUCAAGAUACUUCUCUGGGAAGUGCUGUUGAUGCUGCUCUACAAAAUCGUACAAUGAGUGUUUGGUUUAAGAAAGACUUUCAUAUUUAAAAGAUUUUCAUCUUGGAAAUACAUCAAGUGAAAAUUAGAGUCUUUUGGGAAACAUUUUCCUCCUAAUAAAUUAUUCUUGUAAUGGGCGACAUGGCAAACAAUUCACUUGCAUAUAGUGGAGUAAAAAACUCUUUGAAGGAAGCUAAUCAUGACGGAGACUUUGGAAUCACGCUCGCGGAGCUGCGGGCUCUCAUGGAGCUCAGGUCUACAGAUGCAUUACGAAAAAUACAGGAAAGCUAUGGAGAUGUCUAUGGCAUUUGUAGCAGAUUGAAAACCUCUCCCAAUGAAGGUUUAAGUGGAAACCCUGCAGAUAUAGAGAGAAGAGAAGCAGUGUUUGGAAAGAAUUUUAUACCUCCUAAAAAGCCAAAAACCUUUCUUCAAUUAGUAUGGGAAGCAUUACAAGAUGUCACUUUAAUUAUACUAGAAAUUGCAGCCAUAGUAUCAUUGGGCCUUUCUUUUUAUCAACCUCCAGAAGGGGAUAAUGCACUUUGUGGAGAAGUUUCUGUUGGAGAGGAAGAAGGUGAAGGAGAAACUGGUUGGAUUGAAGGCGCUGCAAUCCUCUUGUCAGUAGUGUGUGUGGUAUUAGUAACAGCUUUCAAUGACUGGAGUAAGGAAAAACAGUUUAGAGGUUUGCAGAGUCGAAUUGAACAAGAACAGAAGUUCACGGUCAUCAGGGGUGGUCAGGUCAUUCAGAUACCUGUAGCUGACAUUACUGUUGGAGAUAUUGCUCAGGUGAAAUAUGGCGAUCUUCUUCCAGCUGACGGCAUACUGAUUCAAGGCAAUGAUCUUAAAAUUGAUGAAAGCUCAUUGACUGGUGAAUCUGAUCAUGUUAAGAAAUCUUUAGAUAAGGAUCCCUUACUUCUAUCAGGUACUCAUGUAAUGGAAGGCUCUGGAAGAAUGGUCGUUACUGCUGUAGGUGUUAAUUCUCAAACUGGAAUUAUCUUUACCUUACUUGGAGCUGGAGGUGAAGAGGAAGAAAAGAAAGAUGAAAAGAAAAAGGAAAAGAAAAAUAAGAAACAAGAUGGAGCUAUUGAGAAUCGCAACAAAGCGAAAGCCCAGGAUGGCGCAGCCAUGGAAAUGCAGCCUUUGAAGAGCGAAGAAGGUGGAGAUGGUGAUGAAAAAGACAAAAAGAAAGCAAAUUUGCCAAAAAAGGAAAAAUCUGUCUUACAAGGGAAACUUACAAAGCUGGCUGUUCAGAUUGGCAAAGCAGGUUUGUUGAUGUCUGCCAUCACAGUUAUCAUUCUAGUAUUAUAUUUUGUCAUUGAUACAUUCUGGGUUCAGAAGAGACCAUGGCUUGCAGAGUGCACACCAAUUUACAUACAGUAUUUUGUAAAGUUCUUUAUUAUUGGAGUCACGGUUCUGGUGGUUGCGGUUCCUGAGGGUCUCCCCCUGGCCGUCACGAUCUCCCUGGCUUACUCUGUCAAGAAAAUGAUGAAAGAUAAUAACUUAGUAAGGCAUCUGGAUGCUUGUGAAACCAUGGGAAAUGCUACAGCUAUUUGUUCAGAUAAAACAGGAACAUUGACAAUGAACAGAAUGACGGUUGUUCAAGCUUACAUAAAUGAAAAACACUAUAAAAAGAUUCCUGAACCAGAAGCUAUUCCACCAAAUAUUUUGUCCUAUCUUGUAACAGGAAUUUCUGUGAAUUGUGCUUAUACAUCAAAAAUAUUGCCACCAGAGAAAGAGGGUGGAUUACCUCGUCAUGUUGGUAAUAAAACUGAAUGUGCCUUGUUGGGACUUCUUUUGGAUUUAAAACGAGAUUAUCAGGAUGUUAGAAAUGAAAUACCAGAAGAAGCACUGUACAAAGUCUACACCUUCAAUUCUGUUAGGAAGUCCAUGAGUACUGUCCUGAAAAAUUCAGAUGGAAGUUUUCGAAUAUUCAGCAAGGGUGCAUCUGAGAUAAUUCUGAAAAAGUGUUUCAAAAUCUUGAGUGCUAAUGGUGAGGCAAAAGUGUUCAGACCAAGGGACCGUGAUGAUAUUGUAAAAACAGUGAUUGAACCGAUGGCAUCAGAAGGCUUGAGAACCAUAUGUCUUGCAUUCAGAGAUUUCCCAGCAGGAGAACCCGAACCAGAGUGGGAUAAUGAAAAUGAUAUUGUCACCGGCCUCACGUGCAUUGCUGUUGUGGGGAUUGAAGACCCUGUGAGACCUGAGGUACCAGAGGCAAUAAAGAAGUGUCAGAGGGCUGGAAUUACUGUGCGGAUGGUUACUGGUGAUAAUAUUAAUACUGCUCGGGCUAUUGCUACCAAAUGUGGUAUUUUACAUCCGGGGGAAGAUUUUCUAUGCCUCGAAGGUAAAGAUUUCAACAGAAGAAUACGAAAUGAAAAAGGAGAGAUUGAGCAAGAGCGGAUAGACAAGAUUUGGCCAAAGCUUCGAGUACUUGCCAGAUCAUCUCCUACUGACAAACACACACUGGUUAAAGGUAUAAUUGACAGCACUGUGUCGGAACAACGCCAGGUUGUAGCUGUAACUGGUGACGGUACAAAUGAUGGCCCAGCACUGAAGAAAGCUGAUGUUGGAUUUGCAAUGGGUAUCGCUGGAACGGACGUAGCUAAAGAAGCUUCUGACAUCAUUCUCACGGAUGACAACUUCACAAGCAUCGUUAAAGCGGUGAUGUGGGGACGAAAUGUCUAUGACAGCAUCUCCAAGUUUCUUCAGUUCCAGCUCACUGUUAACGUGGUCGCAGUGAUAGUUGCUUUCACGGGCGCCUGUAUUACUCAAGAUUCACCGCUUAAGGCUGUGCAGAUGCUGUGGGUAAACCUCAUAAUGGAUACGCUCGCUUCCCUGGCUCUGGCAACUGAACCCCCCACUGAAUCUCUCUUGCUUCGGAAGCCUUAUGGUAGAAAUAAGCCUCUCAUCUCACGCACCAUGAUGAAGAAUAUUUUGGGUCAUGCAUUCUAUCAACUUGUAGUAGUCUUUACACUCUUAUUCGCUGGAGAAAAGUUUUUUGAUAUUGAUAGUGGAAGAAAUGCUCCUUUGCAUGCUCCUCCUUCGGAACAUUAUACUAUUGUUUUUAAUACCUUUGUGCUGAUGCAACUUUUCAACGAAAUAAAUGCCCGGAAAAUUCACGGUGAAAGAAAUGUGUUCGAAGGAAUCUUUAAUAAUGCCAUCUUCUGCACAAUUGUUUUAGGCACUUUUGUGGUACAGAUAAUAAUUGUGCAGUUUGGUGGAAAACCUUUCAGUUGUUCAGAACUUUCAAUAGAACAGUGGCUAUGGUCAAUAUUCCUAGGAAUGGGAACGUUACUCUGGGGCCAGCUAAUUUCAACAAUUCCAACUAGCCGUUUAAAAUUCCUAAAAGAAGCUGGUCAUGGCACACAAAAGGAAGAAAUCCCGGAGGAGGAGCUCGCAGAGGAUGUGGAAGAGAUUGACCACGCUGAAAGGGAGCUGCGGCGCGGGCAGAUCUUGUGGUUUAGAGGUCUGAACAGAAUCCAAACGCAGAUGGAUGUAGUGAAUGCUUUCCAGAGUGGAAGUUCCAUUCAGGGAGCUCUAAGGCGGCAACCCUCCAUCGCCAGCCAGCAUCAUGAUAUUCGAGUGGUGAAUGCAUUUCGUAGUUCUUUAUAUGAAGGGUUAGAAAAACCGGAAUCAAGAAGUUCGAUUCACAACUUUAUGACACAUCCUGAGUUUAGGAUAGAAGAUUCAGAGCCUCAUAUCCCCCUUAUCGAUGACACUGAUGCCGAAGAUGACGCUCCUACAAAACGUAACUCCAGUCCUCCACCCUCUCCCAACAAAAAUAACAAUGCUGUUGACAGCGGGAUUCACCUUACAAUAGAAAUGAACAAGUCUGCUACCUCUUCAUCCCCAGGAAGCCCACUACAUAGUUUGGAAACAUCGCUCUGAUUGUAAGCCGAAUGUUAACACACUAGCUGCAUUGUAAAGAAACAAAUCGAAACUGGGUCUUUUCACAUAUUGUGAUGGACAAGAUCGUAUUCUUGUCUUUGGACUUCAACAGAAGACACACUUGUACGAAUGUAGAUUUAUUUUUUUAAAAAAAAAAAGCAAAGCUUUCUGCCAGACUGAGGGUGCUUUUUGGGGGGUGGGAGAAACGAACUGACAGAUAAACAGUAACAGCUUAUGCUGCUGACCUGUGGAUCAUCAGUAGUACCCAAGAGUGGUCCUGACCAGUGUAUUAGCAGACCUUUAGUUUAUUUCAGUCCUUGAUGGGAGAGGGGGAGGAGCACAGCUGGGCAAGCAAGCAAAGAGCCCUGGAUCAUUGAAUUGAUACUUUAAUUUCUGCUGUUGGCUGUUAAUAAUUUCGAUUAUUUAUGUUUAUAAAUGAUACAGAUCUGUUUACAAGGUUUGUAGAUACUUUUUUUGUUCCUGUUCAUAGAUGGGAAGCUUCCUUAUAACUGAUGCAGAGAAAAAUUAGUCCUUCAAAUACUGCUGUAUUUUCAGGAAAACAAAAAAAGGGGUGUUUCUAUUGAAACUGUACUAAAUUUUUGCCUACAAUUUACCUUGUUAAAUACUGUAGAUAAAUUGCUAAGACUCAUAGCCAAAUAGAUAACACUAAUGCUUUGUUUAAAAAAAAACCAAAAAAAAAAAAAAACAAACAAAACAAAAAAAAACAUGAGCAGUGGUGUUUAAUGAAGUUACGGCAUCUGUCCUAAUUAGUUUCUUAAAUACAUUUACUACUUAAUGGUUUUGAAACAACUGUUUAAUUUUUAAAAUUUUUGAAAACUUGCUAAUAACCUUUGUUCAGAAUUUAGUAGACUGUUUAAUGUGGGACAUCAAGUACAUAAUGAAAGAUGCUUGAAAUGCUUUUGUUAUUUCAGGCAAAUCAAAUUAAAUCAAACUAUCAAACUACAA